GUUUUCUAGAGGAGCCCUUGCAUGUGGUGGAGCCUAUGGUUGUGUUGGUCCAGGGACAGGAGCAUCUCUUUGAGCAAAGGCCAGAUGAUGACAACCUCCUCGCCACCAUCUGAUCUGCCUUAUGCUCUUCACAGAAAACCUAAAGACAAGGUGUUCACCCCAGAAAGGAUAGUGCAUCCAACAACCUUUAGUAUUCGUGAUCCUCAACAGAUGGUGUGGGUGCUGGAGGGAGAGUCUUUAAUCGCAGUUCCUUCUGACAACAAUGUCAAACCUGCUACAGUUUUCUCAGUGCCAUGCACAGACCCGGACAUCUCUAAUGAAAAAGGCAGUCCGAUAUACCUGGGAGUCAAGGAAGAUCUCUGUCUGUUCUGUGCAGAAAUUGAGGGCCGGCCUGCUUUGCAGCUUAAGAAGGAAAGCUUAAUGAAACUGUACAAGGAGAAGAAGGCGCAGAAGUCCUUUCUCUUCCUGCGUGGCAUAGAGGGCUCCACCUCCACCUUCCAGUCCGUCGCCUGCCUCGGCUGGUUCAUCGCCACUUCCUCGCAGGCGGGGCAGCCUGUCACCCUCACCAACGACAGGGGCAAAACUUACAACACCAACUUCUAUUUCAGUUCUUUGCAGCCUGGGCUGUGGGUGGCUGAUUCUGGGACAGAGAACCUGUAGGUCAUGGUAAGAGACCACCGAGCACUGCUGUCCAUCCACAGCCCGCCUCAUGCUCAGCACCCAAAGCCACCUCCUCUAGACAUGCACUGGCACACUACACCUCCCUCUGGAAUGUCGUUCCAGUAUCAAAGCCUGGAGUCACUUUUUACUGUUUCUUGAUCUUGUCCUAUUAUCCACUUUGCUGUCUAGUCUAGUUAAGUCCACAUCCUAAAUGCUCCUUGUACACAACCAUCUCCUAUUCCUCCCGCCAACCCAUGGCCUAGAGAUGUGAAUUGCAAACAUUUUUGUUCUUACCACUCUUUCAAUAUAAAUACUAUUUAUUAAUUUUAUGCAUGUUCUUUAUAAAUAUUGGAAACUUACUCCCAGAGAAAAAUGUAAGGGAUAGGAUAAAUAUGAAAUA